AUGUGUGAGCGUGCGCGCGUGGGUGUGCGUGAAUGUGUACUUGUGUGUAUGAUUAUUGCAUGGCUUAAUGCGGCUGUUCAUCAUCCAUUGCGAAUAUUUCCCUUCCAGCAAGUUCAAGCCCAGCUGAUGGCGCUUCAAAAUCUUGCUGCUAUGUCGCAAGCAGCUACGGCUGCUGCUACCACUACCACGUUACCACCACAAUUGGCUCCAGCUACUGCAACAUUACCACCAUCGUUAGCUGCAGCAGCUGCUGCUGCGGCAGCAGCUGCUGCAGCCGGAUCAACCGGAAAUGCUACUACCGGAACAAUGCUACAGAAUAGUCGAAAACGUGCCUUGGAGGAGGAACAAGCUGCUGCUGCUGCUGCGGCGGCUGCCGCUGCUGGGCCAUCAACGUCGCAACAGUUCGAUCAGAAUUCCUUUCUCCUAGCUGCUGCUGCUGCGGCAGGUGCUGUCCCACGUAAACGUCCAGCUGCUGAAAAAGGUGGUGUACCAGUGUAUGCAAAUGGUGCUACAGCCCAACUUGCUGCUGCGGCUCAGGUACCACAAGCUACCUUCAAUCCAUAUUUGAUUCCCGGUAUCGGCUAUAUGCCAACUGUGUCAUCUCUAAAAUUUAAUCCGAAAAAAAUUGAUAAUGUAUCACUAUAUCCUUUUGGCUAUGACCGUCUAUCAGGAAAGAUCAGGACCCUACCUAUGGUUGCGACCAUUAAAGCGAUUUUUGGUAUCAGAGGAAAUCCGAGAUCAAUUGGAGAAAAUAAUUUUGUUGAAGGCUUUUGUUUUGGUAUGCAUUUGUGCUGA